AUGUGCAUGGUUUCUUUCUUCAUCUAUUUAAUCACCAUUUGCCACGUCAGAAAGCUCUAUAGUUGCCCUGGUUCUGUUCGUGCUUCUCGUCGUUGUGCCAUUCCAGUACAUACGCAAGAGGAGGCAGUACAAGUGACUUCCUCGUCCAGGCUCCGCAAGUACAGUAACACAGGCGGGACACCCCACUCCAGAGUGGCAGCGACCUGGAGUUCGGCAGAGCCCACAGGCUGCAGCAGACACACCAAUUCGCAUAUGAGGAGCUGGAGGAUCCCACCGGCGGCUUCAGCGACACGCGAGAGCUUGACGGCCAGCGCCAGCGACGGUUUCGGCACCAUGCAUGUACAAACGAUAACUACGGGACGGGCGGGCAGUGGUGGUGGAGCGGUUGUACGACAACAGCUGCUGGCACGUGCAACAGUUCAUGAACUAGGCGAUGAUCCUGUCGCAGCUGCACCACCUGAACCUCGUCAUCUUCUACGGAUCCUGUUGCAGCUGCACCAUCUGAAUCUCGUCAUCUUCCACGGCUGCACGUCCAGCCGCAGCAGUGUGCUGCUGCUGGUGUACGAGUAG